AUGGCUCACAGGUCCCCGCUCCAAGUCUUUGCUCCUGCUGUUGUGACCUACUCCUUCUUCAGAGCCCAAUUCAAAUCCUGCUCUGAGGGUGUGAAGGGCACCGUGGAAAGGGCUGGUGGUGUGGAGCAGAAUUCCUGGCAAGGACGCAUCCGCGACUGUCAGCUCCGGCCAUCGCUGCCCUGGGGAGGCGCCACGGGGCGCCCUGCUCCCUGCAGGGGCAUGGAGGGGAAGAUCUCGGGGUGUUGUGAGGCCCCCAAGAAGCUGGGCCUGUCCUUCUCCAUCGAGGCGAUCCUCAAGAGGCCCACGGAGAGGAGAGAUGCAGCCAGGUCACCAGGGGCCGGUGGAGGGAGCCCCGGGCAGGCAACGGUGGAAAGUUCCAGGCUGGCGACGUCCCCGCAGCACCAGCCCCCGGAAGGGAGGAAGAGCAGGCGCAGGGUGCGCACCACCUUCACCACGGAGCAGCUGCGGGAGCUGGAGAAGACCUUCCAGCUCACCCACUACCCCGACAUCCACGUCCGCAGCCAGCUGGCCACCAGGAUCAACCUGCCAGAAGCUCGGGUGCAGAUCUGGUUCCAGAAUCAGCGAGCCAAGUGGCGGAAGCAGGAGAAGACCGGCAGCCUGGGCGCCCUGCAGCAGCUGGGUGAGGCCGACGUGGCCCUGCCCAUGAACCUGGACGUGGCUGGCUCCGUGCUGACACCCUCUGCUCUGCCCAGGCUGGCUCCCCCCACAGGCUGCUACCCACCUGCUCAACAUCAGCUGCCCUCUGCCUGGGUCCCUGCCCACAUGGCCGUCCUCCCGCAGCACCCGUGGGAGAUGCCACCCUUCCCGGGCCCUCUGCUCCAGCAGACCUGCGUCCCCGCCCUCUGCCUCCUUCCACCUCCGCACCCCAGCUGGGGCGGCAUCUGUGCCACUUCAACCUAG